CAUUCUUUGGUGGCCACGAGGGAAGCACGAUAAAGUGAUUAGCAUUGACGAGGGAAAUCUUUUCUUGUGGAGCAUAGAUUCUUCUUGUAAAACAGCCAAGAUAAUAUCACAAGAAUCUGUUGGAAUGCUUCAUAGAUUAUCUGGAGGAUCAUGGGACCCUCAUGACCAGAAUGUUGUGGCAGCCUUAUGCGAGUCUUCGCUACAAUGUUGGGAUCUCAGGACCAUGAAGAAGACAAACUCAAUUGAGAAUGCACAUUUCAGAGACGUAGAUUAUAACCCCAAGAAGCAGCAUAUAAUUGUCACUGCAGAGGAUGAAUCAGGGAUUCGCAUCUGGGAUCUCCGAAAUUCCAAGUUUCCCAUUGCUGAGCUUCCUGGGAAUGUGCAUUGGACAUGGACUGUACGCUACAACCCUGAGUAUGAUGAUCUUAUCUUGACUACUGGAACAGACUCGGCUGUAAAUUUACUUUUGGCUUCUACUACCGGAAGCAAUGAUUCAAGACAUGAAAACUUUUUAGCUGACUAUGCAGCCCUUCGAAUGGAUCCUUUGCUGCAUUCCUACAGUGACUAUGAGGACAGUGUUUAUGGUGUUGCGUGGAGCUGCCGUGAGCCUUCUCUAUUUGCUUCAUUGUCAUAUGAUGGGAGGGUGAUUGUUGAAUCAGUAAAGCCCUACCUCCAGAAAAAGUGAAAUUCGUGUCCAAGGGUAGCAGCCAUUGUCAGAUGAAUGAUCUUUAUUUCUUAAUUUUCAUUGAUUGUGCUAUCUUUAUAAUUUUCAUUGAUUGUGUUAUCUUUAUAAUUAAUUUUUAGGUUAUCUUUAUAAUUUUUCAAGGUUUUGGAAAUCAGGACGGGCAUUGAACUCGUACACGUAGAGGUUUAAGAUUCAAAGUUUGAACUAGGGUUGAAUAGGAUCUUCAACCGGUUGUAAGAAAUUAUAAAUUUAUGGUUUAAAUGUAAUACAGUAAUGUUUAGAUGUUAAAUAUGUAUGUAAUAUCCAAAAUUUAUACAAAUGCAGCAAAAUUGAUAUCCGAGGAGUCAACCAUAUCAGUGUGCCUCCAGUUUAGCAAAGAAGCCAACACUCCAAAGGUUGUAGCGGUGCAUUUUGGUAGUGCGGCAAGAUUGACCGCUUGAAUUAUCCAUAGGGAAAAGUGUUUAACAAAGUCAAAAUUAUAUGGACUAAAAUCUAAAUUUUACAAAUGAAUAGAUCAGGUUGAUAUCAUGAACCUUAGUGCAUAUGGACUUAUGUAGUCUUAGAUGUAAUGAUGCCCAUAUCUAUCUUAAACAUUUGUAUUGAAUGCUGGAAGUGA